AUGGGCUCUACACUCAACCUCCCCGACUAUGACGAUCUGCCACCAGUCGAGGGUAUGCCAAAGGGUUGCGCGUGGGGAAUCUUUGACAAAGACGGAGAGAAGGAUGUCUAUGGCACGCUGAACUUGCUCACACCAGAGGUCAUCAAAGCAGCCGGGGCGGAGGUCCGAGACGGAGUGUCCAUCUCUCUGAACUGGUCUUUGGAUGGCUUAUCGAAGUCCGAGAUCCCAGGACGCAAGAAGCUCGUCCACAAAGUCCACACCCUCCGGUCCUCCAAGCUAUGCGACGCAACUGGCUGGGACGACGAGCUGGAGUUCAACACCCAAAACAGCAGCCAGUGGGAUAGUCUCGUCCACUGGCACCACCAGCCGACCGGCCUGGCCUACAAUGGUUUCAAUCCAACUCAAGAAGACAUGUCCGCCAAAUCCACGGCGGAGAACAAGAUGCCCACCAUUGACCACUGGCAUACCCGAGGCGGCGUGGUUGGCCGCGGCGUUUUGAUCGACUACGUCUCGUAUGCAGAGGAGAAGGGGAUCCCGUAUCACCCCUUUGGCGGCAACCGCAUCACAGUCCAGGACAUCGAAGCAGUGGCCGCGCAUUACGGUGUCGAGUUCAAACAUGGGGAUAUCUUCCUCAUCAGGCUCGGCUCCACAGAAUUCAUUGACGGCAUCAAACCGGAGGACAUGGGUGGCGCGUCGAAGAUUACAGCCAUGUCUGGUGUCCACGGCUGCGAAGAGACAGCCCGGUGGUUCUGGAAUAAGCAUUUCUCUGCCGCCGUUGCGGACUCGAAUUCGUUCGAGGCUUUCCCGCCUGUGCAUCCUGACGGCAGUGUUGCUGGGAUUUCGGAUCUGGUUUUGCACUACUACUUCCUGAGUUUCUUCGGUAUGCCUAUCGGCGAGUUGUGGGAUCUGAGCCGUCUUGCGGCGCACUGUAAGAAGACUGGAAGGUAUUCCUUCAUGCUCACAUCUGCACCUCUGAACGCACCAUGCUUAGUUGGCUCUCCGCCAAAUGCCAUCGCCAUUUUCUGA